GGCGGCGGCCGCCCGGGACUCCGGUCCUGGCCGGUGCGCAGACUUCGGGGCGUGUCACGCUCGCGCGAGGGAAGGGUCGGCUCUCUGGCCGCCGGCCGCCUCGGCCAGAGCGCGCUCCAGCGCGGACGUUUCUUAGUUUUGGGCCGGGGAUGGGCGCCUCGUGUCGGGAGACAGUAGCCUGGGAAGAGUUGGAGGCGUGACUCCCACCGGGCUGUGGGUGCACCGGGCGCGGGGCCCCACCUGUGACCCGGCAGCUUCGUUCGUGCCUUGCUCCGUGUGGGGCCUCUGCGUGUGUUACUGUCACUUAGUCCUCUCGGGGACUCUUUGUAGAGCCGCUUGCUGGUGCUCUGAGAGGCCGCCUCAGUGUCCAGUAAGGAUCCUAACAGACUGGCUGAGUGAGCGCAGGACCCCCCAUUGAGCCGUCCGCCGCCGUCGUUCAUCACCGAGACACGCAGCAGCUGCUCUCACCGGGGAGUUAAGACACACCCGGACGAGGACAGUGCACAAUACUGGGACGGUGCCGGAGCGUGAAGGAAUUUGAGAAGCUGAACCGCAUUGGGGAAGGCACCUACGGCAUUGUGUAUAGGGCCCGGGAUACCCAAACGGAUGAGAUUGUCGCCCUGAAGAAAGUGCGGAUGGACAAGGAGAAGGAUGGGGUCCCGAUCAGCAGCCUUCGCGAGAUCACGCUGCUCCUUCGACUCCGCCAUCCGAACAUCGUGGAACUGAAGGAGGUGGUUGUGGGGAACCACCUGGAGAGCAUCUUCCUGGUGAUGGGUUACUGUGAGCAGGACCUGGCCAGCCUGCUGGAGAACAUGCCGACACCCUUCUCUGAGGCCCAGGUCAAGUGCAUCGUGUUGCAGGUGCUCCGGGGCCUCCAGUACUUGCACCGGAACUUCAUCAUCCACAGGGAUCUGAAGGUCUCCAACUUGCUCAUGACGGAUAAGGGCUGCGUGAAGACAGCGGAUUUCGGCCUGGCCCGGGCCUGUGGAGUCCCGGUGAAGCCGAUGACCCCCAAGGUGGUCACCCUCUGGUACCGAGCCCCCGAACUGCUGCUGGGGACCACCACGCAGACCACCAGCAUCGACAUGUGGGCCGUGGGCUGCAUCCUGGCCGAGCUGCUGGCCCAUAAACCCCUUCUCCCCGGCACUUCCGAGAUCCACCAGGUGGACCUGAUCGUACAGCUGCUGGGGACGCCCAGUGAGAACAUCUGGCCGGGCUUCUCCCAGCUGCCACUGGUCAGCCAGUACAGUCUGAGGAAGCAGCCCUACAACAACCUGAAGCACAAGUUCCCGUGGCUCUCGGAGGCCGGCCUGCGCCUGCUGAACCUUCUCUUCAUGUACGACCCCAAGAAAAGGGCGACGGCCGGCGACUGCCUGGAGAGCUCCUACUUCAAGGAGAAGCCCCUGCCCUGCGAGCCGGAGCUCAUGCCCACUUUCCCCCACCACCGCAACAAGCGUGCUGCCCCGGCCACGUCCUCAGGCGCUGAGAGCCGGCGCUGCAAGCCCUGAGGGCGGGGGCCUCUGGGGCCCAGCCUGUGCCUCGGCCACGAGUGACCAGCUGCUCCAGCUGACUGCACCGCCUCCUGCACCUCUGCCCCAGAACCGCAGCGUGUGAACACCGGGGGAUGCCGGUGGGUGUGCCCUGCAGGCCCAGACGCCUUGAGGCUGGCCUGCCGGGCGCCACCUGGUGGCUCUGUCGUCUCGUGGCUCUGCCAUCUGGUGGCUGGGCUGGGUCCACCUGUUGCCAAGCCCUUAGACCCUCACUUCCCAGGAGGAAAUUUGGCUGGGCCCAUCUCAGGAGGUGUCUCUGGCUUGGGACGAGCAGAGCCCACGUGGUCACUUUUGUCCCCACUUGAUCC